AAUGACUUCGGCGUUCCUCGCGGCACCUUGGUCAUUUGCCAGCGGAGCUCCAGCUACUCAGAUCACGGCGUACCGCGAUUCAAACCGAGGUGUGACGUAAUUCAGAACCUGGAAAGUGUUUUUCUCAUUGAAUAGUCACGAGCAUAAGUCGGACACGGAGUGUCGGUGAGCUAUCCACCACGGGAAGCGUAUCCUUUCUGGGCUUGUGCGGAUAAAGAGUACCUUGACGUGGCCUAAUCGCAAAGAAAAUUUCCGAUGCUGUUAAAAUUUCAAAUCGAGAGAUAACUGAAUUAAAAUACAAUCCACUGGCCUUUCGGCCGGUUACCAAUUUACUUGCUUAUCUGCAAUGAGGAUCGCCGUAAAAGCUGUAGAAAUUAGGUGCAUUGUGUCGGUGGGAUCUUGACAUCAGAUAAUCGGAGGAUAAGAUACGCGUGCAGUGUCAGUCUCCGUCAUGCUUGUGUCUUUCCCGGGACAGUGUCGAGUUAACCUAAAAAUCUGUGCGAGGAGUGUCGUUUAACUGAAUGAUGUAUGUAAGAACUGGCGGGACGCUGCGAAAUGAGUUUCGAAUGGCCCGCGGAGGAAGUAUCGGUGACCGGGGACGGGGUAGCACAAGGGGUCGAGCCUUCAAAAAGACUUCGACGGACAGGGAACCUAAUUCAGAAUCAGUCUACCACCCGACGCCUCGACCCAAGUUUCAGGAAUCGCUGAAAAACCAGGAGAACUCGCAGGGGAAGUAUUACGACGACAAGAGAUCAACUGAGGAAUCGAGGAUCUUCAAACUGUUGAGAAGAUUGUGCCGAGAGGAUGACUAUGAUCAUUUCCUGGGACUGUGUAAGCAGCUGCAGGAGGCCUUCAUUUCUCCGGAGAGUCAGCGGUGUAUCAGGCGGAACCUGGAUCCUAUCUGUGAGAGUCUUCUGGACACUUUGCACUCCGGGCCAGGUAUUGAGGCGAAACAGCAGGUCGCAAAAUGUCUGGGACGAGUGGGAUACGUGGCGGAUCAAGAUUUUAAGAGAUACAUGGACUGGAUAUUCAAUAAAUAUUCCUCAGAGCGAAAGGACGACGUGAAGUGCCUUCUGAUGAAGUCGUUCGCGGAGACUCUGAAAAUGGACACCGAAACGCCUAAGCUGAAGGAUUUCUCGAUGUCGCUGAUGUCGCAGUUGCAAUCCACUCUGGAGAACGUUGACAGACCUGACAUUUUAAUGGCAACGGUGGAUGCUAUACUCUUGAUAAUCGACUCCUAUCCUGAGACCUUUUUGAAUCACUUCCGGGACACUGUAGACAUCCUCGUGGGGUGGCAUAUUGACUCGACUCAACAGAAACCAGUGGUGACAUAUGCUAGCCGCAGCUUGCAGAGACUGCGCAGCUUCUGGAUUGCUGAUCUGCAGUUUACCUUGACCUUGCUCAGUCAGUUCCUCGAGGACAUGGAGAGCUACGAUGAGGAGUUGACGUUACCGGGCUCAGGCAGAAGUUCCCCAGGGGAAGAGGGCUCCCCUAGCCCAAGGGAGUGCAUUCUUCGAAUCACUUCCUUGAUCUCGGUGUUCAAUGCAGUAACUAAAAGUGUCGGUGAACAUCUGAGUCCUAACCUAACUCCAAUUGUGCAGUGGUCCUUCCUGACAGAUUGCUUGUCAAAGAUGCUUCGUACUGUUGUAAAGGCCAUCGAGCUUGACGACGGUAUGGACCUGUGGGUUGGAAGUUGCAAUCUCACAUCGGAGAAUACAGAAUGUUUAACUAAGUGCAUGAAAACCAUGAAUUUAUCUCAGAAGAAUAUUGAGACUUUGUUGAAGACACUCGGCAAGGAGGAUGCGAACGAGGAGAGCCUUGUCAAACUUGUUCGGUCUCUGAGUGUUAAUAAGAAGAACGAUCGGAGGAACAUGAAGAACACCGAGAAGGAGAUCGUGUGCCCUAAAGAUAAAGAACAGUCUUUGAUUAAUCUUCUGAAGUCCAUGGACUCGAAGACCAAGAAAAUCCCAGACCUUUCUGAGGAGAAGGAAGAGCUCAUUGUGGUAGCCAAUGAGUGUGCAUUCCUGCUUUUAGGAUAUCUGCAAAGCAGAGUCACUAAGAACCACGAGCUACUUUACAGAUUCAUUGAUCUACAGCUGCAAAGAGUCGACCUGUUUUGGGAUGACACCAUUGUGUCCACACUAAAUACCAUCGCUAAGGUCAUUAAAGAGGUCUCGGCUAAUCUGCCUCUAGAGUUGGUGCACAAGUUGCUCGGUCGAGACUCAGUGCUCUUAAGGUUGAGGUUCCGCAGCUCUGUUCCGAUACAGAAUGCCAGUCUCGGGGUCUACCACAGUUUAUUGAGUCUGAAAAAUAUCCCGCUACUUCAGGAGGCUUAUCGAUACGUUCUAUCCGAUCUGGAAAUAGCUUACAAAUUGAUCGUUGAUAAAAUCGAGAACCUGGUGGCGGAGAACCCUCUAGGAGAUCUGAUGUACAAGAAGUGUCAUGCAGAGAUCGUGAUUAUUUUCUUGCUGCGAGCCCUUUCUGAUAUCGCCAAUGCAAGCAAUUCUAUCAUUGGCAUGUGGGCUCUGAAACCAAGCAUCCUCGAAUUGCUUGCCGUUAAACUCAGGCCUUACCAUCCUGACCUCUCGCAAACCAGCCCACUGCUGCAGUACAGCAUUUUAUAUCUUCUCUAUGCUCAUUGCUCGAGGUAUAAUCACUUUGUACCGAGUUCAAAUUUAAUAACAUCACUGGGCUCGUGUCGCCCUAUCGACAUCUUUCCUGGAACUCUGGACGUGCCGACCACCUCACCGACCAGUGGUCACCUCUCAAUAAUCCUGAAUCUCAUCGCAAAGACAUACACCGGAACCACCUCGGAGAAGACCCUGUUGCUCCUGGCUAAUUGGAUGCAGGAAAUCUGUGCCCAGGCUGAGAACUAUAUCGGUAUCUUGAACAAGACUGAAGAAUGUCGUAACAUUGUGUCAAGUUUGCUGGCCUGUGGAGCAACGACUAACCACGAAGUCUCAGUGGCAGUGUGUGGUAAUAUCGAGGCAUUAAUCGGUGCUAAGAAUGCAACCUGGUCCGAGGAAACUUAUUCCAGUAUCGCAGAUCUCGCGAUGAUGCACAUAACCUCUAAUGACGCAACUGUCAAGGACAAGUAUGGACAGUUGUUAAUGUACGUGCCAGUUAAUAUAGUCAUUCAGAAGCUCAACAGACGGUGCCUUCUGUCGGAUACAAAGCGGCUACAAGAAUUAAAGGACUACUCGACAGAGUCUCUUAUUCUGGCACAAAGACUCCACAUGCGGGGCAAUGGCAACGGAGAGAUGCAGGCCCAGCAUUUCAAGUCUUACAUGGCGUACCUUCUGCAGGAACAUCACUUUGAUGCCUUUGGCCUCUCUGAGGUUUUCACUUUAUGCUGGCCAAUUGUGUCGGAAAGUGAAACCACAGCAAUGAUGCACGAACUGGCCCUGGCGAAUCGGUCCUUUCUGUUUUUCUGGGGAGGUUUCGAGGCAGCUCAGCACUGUGUAACAAACAAGCUCAGGACUCCCCUCGGCAAGCCUCAAGAGACCUUCACCACGAUCGAAGGGGCCCUGAAAACCCUGGCCAGGGAGAUCUCUAACAACGGGGAGUGUUUGAAACGUGAGAAACACGACCUAGAUACUCUUCUACAGGAGCAGACUAGGGUGAGGCUCUUCGUGGAGUUCCUGGAACACUUGGAGCGAGCCAUCCACAAUGCUGCGGAGGGUUGUGCAAUGGCCCUGGCAGCUCCUUCGAAGCCGGUGCGUACUUUCUUCCAUACAAACAGGUCGACCUGUCGCGAGUGGCUCAACAGAAUUCGCUUGGCUCUUUGCGUCGUUUCCUUGCACGCUGGUCUGGCCACGAGCGCCCUUAGAAACGGGCAGAAGCUCCUGGAAGACCUGGAGAACGCGGAGAACACCCAAGGCGCGGAGUUCGAGCGAGCGACUCUGUGUACUGCGCAAGCCAUGGUGAUGCUCGGUGAGGCAGAAGCUCUUCAGGGUCUCUACGCAUACACCAGAGAGAGGGAGAGGAGAUUUCAGUGGCUCAGGGCGACGACGGAGGAGGCCUCAGGUCACUAUGAGGUGGCUGCGGAGGCUUACAGGACUUUCCUGGAAGAACAGCCUCAUAGACCCUCUGGAGAAGCUGCGGAGGAGUCGAAGAAGUCAGAAGGUGACAUCCAGGUAACUGCGUUCUGCGUCCAACAUCUGACCAGAUGCUACCGGGCGGUGAAUGACUGGUCUCAACUGGAAUCCUGGAAGAGGAGGGAACUGGAGGUGCUCUCCCAGGAGAGGGGAAGUAUGCUUCGCAAGCAGCUACCAGAGGAGAUCACUGUGCAGCAAACGAAAAGCCUCAGACUCUUCGAAGAGGGACAGAUAAUCGCCCUGGAGGAGCUUUCCGAUUGGAACCUCCUCGACGAGGAGUCGCGCACCAGCUGGAGCUGCGCAAAGACGGUCACGGAGUGUUGGAACACCCUGACGAAUAUCGCUCUCAGGAUGAGGGCGAACGAUUACAAGGAUUCUUUCGCGGGGGACGUGGAAAGGUGCAGGAGAGUGGCAGCGAGGACAACCGAGGAAGGGCUGCGGAACGUUCCCUCGGAGUACUUGGGGGAGUCCAUCCUCCUCCGAUACGUCUCCACAGGUCUGGCUGACCUGGUGGCAGGCAAGCCCAGGAAUGUGUUCCACUUGAUUCAGAACGAGAAGCUCGACUCCCUGGGGACAAGCUCCCUAGCGAGAGUGCUCUGGUGGUCGAGUUACUUCACCAGGUCCUCCGGAGAGAUUGAAUCCUCCGAUGAGGUGGCAAACUUGAGGCUUAGAGUAGCACGGAGCGCCAGGAAGCAGGGCAACUUUGGCCUGGCGAGGCGCGAGCUUACCAGGUACUUCCUGGGGGAGAGAGGUCUCCUCUCCGAAGAGGACCUCCAGGUUCCGGAAUUCCAAGACCUGGUCAGAACCAUCCGGGAAGCAGCGACCCGUGUCAGGUGGACCGGAAACGAGGCGAGGGCAUUCCGGGAGCUGGCCAAGCUCCUCUUCGGGAUGGAGCUCCCCCAGGACGCUCUGGACAUUUGCAGCGCGACCGCUCUGGGUGUGGCCAGGGCCCUGGUCUCCGGCGAACGCUCGAAGGACCUCAGAGAGACCGGGACCAAGUUACUCCUGACGAUCGGCAAGUGGGUACAGCAAGAGUCCAGGCUCGCCGAGGGUAACCAUCGCCUGGAGGAGCUCCUGGAGUUCGAGGCCGGACACAACGACGGUUCCAUGGACGAGCUAUUCGCCGGGACGGCCGACCUAGUGCCGGACGCGGAGAUGGCGAUCGGUAGGCUUCUCCACUUGGGGGUCAACCAGUGCCACGACCUUCCCAGAGCGUGGUCGAGCCUCGCCUCCUGGUGCUACAAGUGGGGCAGGAAGAUCGUCGACAGCCCGCAGAGCGGACGGUUGACCGAGGUUGACCGCCAGAGUGUUAGAGCUCUGCUGCCGCAGGAGAUGCCCGAGGUAGAUCUGGAGACCGUCAUCGGGAUCCUCAGUCCGGGGAAGAGCCUCCCGGAGGACGAGGGGGACAUCGAGAUCGCCGACCCGAAUACCGCGGAAACUGUCGAGCACCAGCUCAGGAACGUCCGGGCACUACGUGGAGCUCCUGCUGACCUCCUGGACCGACUCGUCGACGUAUGGCGGCAAGCCAGGAAGAGAGUCUACUCGUAUUACGAAUUGAGCGCCAAUGCCUAUUUUAAGUAUCUCCAGCUCGCCGACGAGGAGGUCGACGACUGUGUCACCGUAAUCGCGACCCUUAGGCUGCUCCGUCUGGUGGUGAAGCAUGCGUUGGAACUCCAGGAUGCCCUGGAGGCCGGUCUCUCGACGACCCCUACGGCGCCUUGGAGGGAGAUCAUCCCCCAGCUGUUCUCCAGGCUGAGCCACCCAGAGGCCUACGUAAGGACCAGGGUGGCGGAACUGCUCUGCAGGGUCGCCGAAAGCUCGCCGCAUCUGAUCACCUUCCCCGCGGUCGUCGGGGCCGGGUCUGGCGCGAGGAGGGCCCUCCAGGGUGUUCCUUUUGGGAAACAAGACCCGGAGGAGUCUCGAGGCGACCUUGAUCUCCUCGACGAAGAGGCGGACGGAAGUCCUGACGAGGGGAGGAGCUUCAUGGACGGCUGUUUCCUGCAGCUCGCCGAUUGCCUGUCGAAGAGAAUCCAGGACUCGGUGGAUCAGGUAAAGGUGCUUGUCGGGGAGCUCAGGAGGAUCACUCUCCUCUGGGAUGAACUUUGGCUGGCCACCCUCUCGCAGCACCAUACCGAGAUAUCGAAAAGGUUCGAGCAGCUCGAGGUGGAGGUGCGGAAGGUCCAGGAGAACGUCUGGCUGGCCCCAGAGGAGAAGGACAGGCUGGUGGCGGAGAAGCACAGAAUCAUCCUGAGGCCUGUCGUCUUCAUCCUGGAGAACCUGCUUGCUAUGACUUCAGUGCCUGCGGAGACCCCUCACGAGAAGGCCUUCCAGGAGAAGUUUGGACCCUGUGUGGAGGAGUUAAUCAAUAGACUGAAGACCCCGAAGGACCCUGCCAAGCCCCAGGUUGCUGCGGUGACCUUGAAGCAGCUAGAGACCAAGCUAGCACAGAGGGUUCAUAAGAGGGGAGCUUACUCUUUGAUAAUGAGUGACAUCAGUCCUGUCCUGGCCAGCCUGCGGGACACUUGCAUCGCUAUGCCAGGUGUAUGUUCUGCGGACAACAAAAUAGUUACCAUCAGGUCGGUGGACAACAAUGUGCAGAUCCUACCCACGAAGACCAAACCAAAGAAGCUGGUAUUCCAUGGCUCGGAUGGACAUGUCUACACGUACCUGUUCAAGGGCCUCGAAGAUCUACACCUGGACGAGAGGAUCAUGCAGUUUCUGGGAGUCUGUAACACGAUGAUGUCGAAGAACAGUGAGACCAAGUUGUACCGGGCUAGACAUUAUUCGGUGAUACCUCUGGGCCCUCGCUCUGGAUUGAUACAGUGGGUGGAUGGUGUCACACCUUUGUUCGCAUUGUACAAGAGGUGGCAACAGAGAGAGAGCACCGUCACCAGCAAAACUGGGAACUCUGCGAUGCUCAGGCCCUCGGAAUUAUUUUACAAUAAACUCGCUCCGCUGUUGAAGGAAAGAGGCAUCGGACUGGAGAACAGGAAAGAGUGGCCUCUACAAGUGCUCAAGCAAGUGCUGUCGGAGCUCAUGGCGGAGACUCCAAAGGAUCUCCUCGCAAAGGAGAUAUGGUGCAACAGCAUCAAUGCCGGCAGCUGGUGGCAGGCCACGAAGAACUACUCGUACUCUGUUGCUGUCAUGUCUAUCAUCGGCUACAUCAUUGGUCUCGGUGACCGGCAUCUUGACAAUGUGCUCGUCGAUCUGAAUACCGGCGAGGUAGUGCACAUCGAUUAUAACGUCUGUUUCGAGAAGGGCAAGACCCUCAGGGUUCCAGAGAAGGUGCCCUUCAGAAUGACUCCAAACAUCAAGACUGCCCUCGGAGUUACUGGUGUCGAGGGAAUCUUUAGGCUGGCUUGUGAACACACUUUGAGGGUCAUGCGGAGAGGGAGAGAGACUCUUCUCACGUUACUGGAGGCUUUUGUGUAUGACCCGUUGGUAGACUGGAGAGCUGGUGCAGAGAACAGCAUCGCCAGCUAUGGAGCAUGCCAAGCAAGGGCUCGAUGCACUGGAGUUGGUCGGAAACAGUUGGAGAGGGAACUUACCAGGGCCAUGUUUGCGGUGAGGACUGCAGAGAUGAGGGCUGAAUGGUUGGCCAAUAGAGACGAGUUGACAAAGGCUCUUCCGCUUAUAUGCCACCACUUGUCGCUUUGGAUUGAAGCGACCGAGGCUGCACAGAGGUGUCAGGAAUUACUGCAAGAUAGACAUCAACAAUUGGCUCUGGUGAAGGAAGCCCAGGCAAUGGGCAGGAAUCAUGCCUUAUACUCUGUCGUCAAAAGAUACAGCACCUUCAAGAGGGCUCGAGAUGCCCACGAGAAGGCCAAGUGUGGUCUGAAGGAGAAAAUCGAGGAAUGCGAAAAGCAAAUCAACAUGCACAACAUCGCUCUUACAGCAGUGCGUGGGCCACAGUUGGGGCAGUGGCUUUCGGAGAUAGGCACUCCGACGACUCAGGACGACCACCUGGUCUUCGACCUGGUGAAGGAGUUCCUCCAGAACGCAGGACAAAGCCAGAUGAUUCUACAAUGCGAGCAGUCCGAAAGCGAGCUGACCCAGCUCGCAACCCAGCAGUCGAUUCUCAUCCGAAGCUGCUUGGACCUGUUGAGUCAGUACUCCGCAAUCUGCAGUCUCUACCCGAUGAGCAUCCUGGCUCAGCACAGAACAGCUGCCUAUCACACUUGGGCCAGUAAACUAUUAUCCACCGGGACUAUCGAAGCCUGCCACGAGGUGAUGUCUCAGUUUGAGGCCAACUUUGACCCUGCAUCAGCAAAUAAUGGCCCUCAGAGUCAACAAGUCGUGGCGUUCUCCUACCAGAUGCAGGCCAUUCUUUCAGAGUCCAACGAGAGGCUGAAAAAAGCCUACGAGAGGCUGGCAUCGGAGGGUCUGCCAGACUCUCUCGUAAGGAUAGAAAAAUCAUACGCAGAGGCUCGGGGCCAGAUCUCGAAUUUCCUUCGCCGUGAGAAAGGAGCGGAACGUGCCCUGGAGUGCGUAACGAUAACCGCCCUCUGCGCCCUGAACAAACGUUAUCUAAUGAUGGAGGGAGCCGCAAAAUGCGCCGGCGAGUGCCUCGUCGACCUAACCUCAAGGGAGGGUGACUGGUUCCUGGACGAGAUGCGCCUGAUGUCGUCUCUCAUCGCCGAGCUGGCCACCCUGGUCCCGGAGGUGCACAAAGACCCUAGGGUCGAUCCAAGGAUUCCGGUGAUCCUGAGAUGUCUGAGAAGUGCCGAGGGGAUCUAUCAGGGUCUCCAGGAGUUGAACUACAAUUUCCACACAAUAAUCCUGCCGGAGGCGACCAAGACUAUCGCCACGGAGGAGCCGACUGUGGUCAGGAUGGUGGCCGAGCUGGAUGAGAUCGUCCUGUCUACAGGAAUACCCCUGGGGGAGAUCCUGGCUCAGCUGGAGAUGCAUCUCAGGUUUACCGUCAUGGAGAUGGAGAGUCCACACGGGCUCGUUGGAAAUCUCGUCGGGAACAUGAGGAGGAGGUUCGAGAAUCUCCUGUCGAGACCUGCGGAGGGCCAAGAUCAGGGCCAGGAGGAGAGCCUAGCACCAGGACAGAUGCUGCUCAUGGGAUUCAAUGGACUCUUUGAGAAGCUCCAGGUCGAGGGGAACGCCCUGGUCGCCACUUUGAGCACCCUGGACGUACCACAGUGCUGGAGGAAAAUUGACCAAGUCAGGGAGGCCAAGGAAAUGGCUGCUCCUAUCUUCAACGAAGGGGCUCGCAGGGUCCUGGAGGAUAUAUUCCUGGUGAAGAGGCUCCACACCAUCAGGGAGUUCUUCGCUAUGUGCAGGGACAUCGCCACGGCGUUCAGGGGCGGCCUAGCUAGUGUUUACGAUGAUGAGAGGUUGAACAAACCUGUGAGAGUGUUCACGGCAGAUUAUGUGUCAAGGCAGCUGCUUGGGGUCACUUCCCAGACCCUGGCCAUUGCGCUGUGCUUUUUGCUGCAGAGGAUGGGCCUCGGUGUCAGUACGGAAAUCGAGCAGAGGGACAUUGGGGCGGAGAGCAAGGUCUCCAUCGAGGAGCUUUGCAGGAAAAUCGUGGAUAUCUGUCUGAAGAGGGGAUUGUUCUCUGGCUCAGUGCUUGCCCAGGCCAGUGCUUUAAGUAGUACGUUGGAGAGCGCAUGGAGGAGGAAGCAAAGUGCCAGGAUGACCCAGCAGGGCGUCGAGGUGGCCCGAGCUAGUGUCCAGAGGUUGCAGCUCCAGCUGACCGCUCAUAAUUGGCUGCAUGAGGAUAGCCUGCUUCUCAGAUCGAGCCUCAAUCCUCUCAACCCUCUUAAUCGACCGACUUUCAUGCUCGAGCUACGGAAGACAGCAGCUGCAUUGUCGAGCAUGCAAUCACGAGUCUGCGAAGCGAGGGAGCAGCAGCAGAAUUUAGUGGCCAGUGCAGGCCAGAGAUUGAAAUGGGCAGCCGGAGCCAAUCCGGCACUCGGUGAGGUUAUGGCAGCCUUUGACAAUGCAGUGCUCUCCUCUUGCGAGAAACUGACUCGACAGCACAACCUGGCAGCUGUUGUUGUGAACACCUGUAAUUCUAUUCUACAUUACGAAGCUUUACGUACCAGAACAUCGGAAAGUGUGAAUAACGAUGCGAACUUUGUGAAACUUGUCAAGCACUGGGAGGAGAGCUGCAUGUUGACAGCUAACCUAACAAUUUCUGUUACGAUGAUCGAAGAGAGUCUGGUUGAGCUGCUGCGGUUAGAUAAUAAUGUGGAUACUAAUUGGCUGCGACAGGCUGAGAAGAUUGUCUCUGAAGCUAUCCUAGAGACGCAGAAAGAGCUUGCGGAGAAACAAGAGGCUUUGGGUACUGCUCAAGACUGCCUUCGAGAGCAGGUUUCUAACCUACAAACCAUCAUAGCAGAGCACCACCGGCUGAUGACAGAUGUCAGAGGAUUAUUGAGAACCAUGGCGAAGCAAGAGAACCUGAUCGGCUUGCAGGAGUUCCUGGCUGCAUAUCGGGCCUUCACCGAGAGCAUUUCGUCUGCUGUCAAGGAACUCGAGUCGGAGAACCUGAACCCUGCGAGAGCCUCUGCAGCUAAAGCAGAGUUGGAAGGCAUCGCUGCCAAGGCUCCAGGAAUUUAUGGCGAGCUGUUGGAGUUUGCCAACGAGCAGAGGGUCGUGAGUAAGAACGCUGAAAGAGAGGCCCUGGCGAAGAGGAAGGCGAAGCUCAUUCGACAGGACAGUGUGUGUCUCAGCCCGAGGAAGGGAAUCCCAUUGGCCAGGGACCCCACCACCGGCAAAGCCGUCCAGGAAAGGAACGUCUAUGCGCUGAACGUGUGGCGCAGAGUGCGGAUGAAGCUGGAGGGACGAGAUCCCAAUCCAGCCAGGAAGUACACUACAGCGGAGCAGGUGGAAUACGUCAUCAGGGAGGCGCAGAGCUUCGACAACCUGGCUCUCCUCUACGAAGGCUGGACACCCUGGGUCUGAGCGGGGCCCGGGACCGGCGCCUGAGCGCCGUCGGGUCAAAAGCUCCUCUGCUCCAGGAAGUGGCAUGCACUACUGUGUCUCGCAGUGUCAGCACAAGCCCUGAGGCCCCAGCUCUCAUGCAGGGGCCCAGCCACCCACAGACACCUGGGGCACGCUACGGAGAGAGCCUCCGGUUGGGGCGAACAUCAAGGACCAGCCUGGCGUCAACGGCUACCUGGAGGCCGGAAAGUAGUUACGCCGUGAAGAGAGGCCCUCGUCGGAGGAAUAUUGCGAUUAACUGCCUGGUUAACGACCUGGUGAAGGUGUGGGAACAAGGAGUGUGGACGAGGAGAGGAUUUCGUGGCCCCGUCGAAAGCUGUCACACGGAGCGGCCUGACAGCUCUCUGGAACUCGGAUGGAUUCUGCGGAGCAGCCUGUCAGGGGAUUUAAUCACGGGCCGACGGUGGAUGGAAAAAAGUGUAUCGCGGUUCUAGCUAGAGUUCAUCGGGCUGUAACUUUGUUACCGUCAGGAAUCAGCUUUGAGGUUAGGAUGGGAUGGCUCGACUACCGAUAUCUGGGCUUUUAUCCAUGGAAAUGUGGUUCGACUGGUGGAAAAUGUGGAGUUAGGAGUGAGCAGUUUUGUUUCGUGGUUGCGAUCUGGUGAGGAAUAGGUUAGGUUACAGAGGGAAGGGUUAGGUUUUUAGAGGUGGCACUGGGUCGAAUUGUUGAUUCGAGCGGUCUCCAAAUUGUGGAGGAAAUGUGAGUUUGUUAAUCCAGUAGACCUUUAACAUAAUCAUACGUUCUCUAUUGGUUCUCGAGGUGCAUUUCUCUUGGGGAAGUGUUCGACAGGGCCUUCAGGCUGAUGGUGGAAAGGUAUCUCUGGAUUAGCGCAAUGUUUAGAAGGGAGUUGACUGGGUAGAUUAGUCGGAUGGAUGGAGAAUUAGGGUUUGUAAUUUUGGUGAUGCACUUUAUUGAUGCUACCCUUAAGUAAAGUCUGCAAAGCAUUCCAUUGACAGUGGGUGAUUCAGCUCGACAAUGGAAUCAUUAGAUCGAUCCAAUGCCAGGGUGAUCGUGCAGAGAGAAACUGUCCUACUUUGCUCCACUGGAAUUUUUUCAACCAUUUGAUCACUUAAUGUUUGAUGAUUAUCGAGUAGAUAGGUUAUUUUUAGUCCUCUGGUCAAUUCACGCACGCGCACGCUUUGCUAAUUAUACCUCAAGAUUCGUAAAGAAAUAGUUUGUCUAGAGGAAGGAAGUUUUUCUCUGCAUUCGUCUCUGGAGAUGUUAGGGAGAGAGAGAGAGAGAGAGUGUUUGUUUUUGAGGGAAGCACCGAAUCCACGUAAUUCUAUCCACGUCUUUACAUUAGUGCGAUAGUUACAGAGAGGCUAUUGAUUAACUCGGGCUGGAGCCAGUCGAUCCACCUCAGGCUCGUACAUGGAGGAUAAUUCCACAGUUGACAGCUGACGGAGAAGGCAUUGACGGCUCAGCGAAUUAUUCCUCCAUUGUCAAUCGUGUCAUCGCGUUGGGCUAAUCAAGGCCUGACAUUUUAAAAGAGACGUACACCAUUCUGCCGAUCCACUGGGUUGACCAAGAAUUGACACGUAGCUAAACUACGGAAGAUAGUUAUAUCUGGAAGAUAUGCUGAUAAAAAAAGUUCUAACUACAUCGGUGGAAAUAAAUCUAAUAAAUAUGUGUUGAAAAUUCUAAUUGGUUCGAUGAAAAGUUUGUUGAGUGAUCGACAAGUGAAGAAAACAGUGAUGACCUUCUGUACAUCCAGUGGAACAGGCUAGAGUGCUGUCUCGUCUAUUGUUACCCUCCAAAGGCGGAUCCAUCGACACCAGUUUACUCGGAGUGUCUGCGGAGGGUGUAGCGAGGAUCCUUAACAUAACCUAAGCAUAGUAUGCUGCAACACUAAUUUCUUCUGCUGCGUAAAAGUACUGCUUAGGAUUUUUUCUCGCGCGUUAACCUAAAGAAACAAGGAAAACAUGAAGAAGAAAAAAAAGUACCGCACCGAUCAGCACACUGUAUCGGAAGAAGCUCCUACCCCCGUAACACGAAAUCACGAUUUUUUCGAUAAUUAAUAUUGUUUCUAAUAUCGAUUGAUUAACCUUAAUCUAGUUAUCGUAAACUUACAGAGUAGAGAGAUGCCCCCUGCAUCCAGCGGAGUGAUAAGGAGUGUAAGGUCCAGAAGAGGAAUCCUUGUCGAUGGCUCGAAGUUUUAACUUUGGUGCUAAUUGAAGGAUUGAAAGAAGUAGACGAGGUGUGCGGUAAAUAUUCCGAAUGGUUUAUAUUGAGAAUUGACAGGUUGUGAAGUCGAGCGUAGUGAAGAAGAUUCGGUAGAAAGAAGUUUGCAUAGAACAUCAGGAGAGGAAGCUAUGAUAGAGCAGGAGAAAGAGCGAGGUUAGGAGCGAAAUUUCCCCCCUUGUUUCCUUAUUUUCCCUUUUGCGUCGUGUUAAGGUAAACGUAAUACUUGUCAAAAUCUGAAUAACACAGUCGUGAAUAUCGAUAAAUGGUUAUACUUGCUACUAUCUCA